AUGAUAUUGAAUACAUUCAAAAUACAGACCAAACAAAAAUGUAAAGAUGGUCGAGGAUAUUAUUAUGAAUGCUGCAGAACAGGUUUUCAUAAAGGAGGAGAGAACUCAAAAAGAAUGAUUAAAACACAGAACAGUAAAAAAAUUAAUCAAAAUUGUACAAGCCACAUAAUACUAUUUGAGUCAUUUGAAGGUAAAUGUGUAGUCACUUUUUAUAAAGAACAUUAUGAACACAAAGAAAUCGAACUUCAACAUAUAAAAAUACCAGAUAUUAAAAAACAUGAAAUUGCUGCUAAGUUAUCCCAGGGUGUCAAAUUAAAAGAGUAUUAG